AAAUUUUUCCUAUGCCAAGGCAUAACUGUGCAUGUAAAAUAUAAAUAUUCUUUAAUCUUAUUAUAAUUUUUUUCUUUAAUAUAAAACGUAAUAUGAAUUAAUAUGGUAACUUAUAUUUCUCAAACAUUUCACGAUAUUAAUUUUUAUCCGCAAACGUGCUAUGCUUUCAUUAUGGUGGUGCUAUGUUGGAAUGUUUUCCGCAGCUUUGGCUCAUCAGCUCUUUCUAAAGAAAACGAGAGCUUGGCUUGCCAUAACGCGCGCUGGCUUGGAAUCCAUCCCUCGGAAUUGAUUGAUUUAGGAGCGAAAACAAUCUCGCUCACUGAAGCCGAUCUCGCGAAAUUGAGAUCCAUCGAAGGCCGGUCUUACGUAAACGAGGCUAUAUCGAAGCAGCUGAGCAUAUUGCGGAAUGGCAAGGCAGAAAUAGAGGCGAUAUCUUCCUUCGCGAAGAACUUCCUUACGGGAACAUAUUUACCUUAUAAAAUAGACAGUCAUGAUCAUAUUUAAGACAUCAUCUCUUUGAUACAUUUUUUUAAUUAAUUCUCGGCAGAAAAUAUGUCGUUGAAAUUAACUCUGUAAAAUUAAAGUUGCGUUCUCUUAUGAAAAAAAUGCAAAUAAGGAAAAUUGUUAAAGCUUUAUUAAUAAAUAUGAAUAUGCGUUACUUCA